AUGUCGGAAAUUUCACCCUCGAUUCUGCAAGCUUUGUAUACCCGACUUCACCCUCCAGCACUUCGCAAUCAAAGUGCCACACCAUCUGCUGUCUUGAGAGGAUUCCGAACACACGAAAAGGCUUGCCAGAGGCGCUCUGAACAAAGAAGAGAGGAUUUGGAGCUUGCUAGGGUCAUUCGUCAAGAGCAAGAACAGGCACAUCAGGGUAGUGUGUUUGCUGGUGUCCGUCCUUCCAUUAGUGGCUCAACAUCUUCUAUCGACAAUCGCUUGGAGGGUGAUGAUUUUGAUUUUGAUAACCAAAUGGACUACCAACAUGAUGCUGAUGUGGGACGGACCGAUUCUGAUGGUGAUCCGCCACCAUCUGGAACAGCAUCGCCUGCACCCCAGCACGAAAUUGACGAUAUCAAAGUGGAAUACCACCCCAGUAGUGGUGUCCCCACCAAAGUGUACCACUUCGAAGACUAUGGAAGCGGUCCCG